AUGUUUAUGCUCCGCAAUGUGAGCAAAUUCAUAUUUGGUGAUACUUCCAAAGAGUCGAUCAUCGAAAUCCCGCAAGGGCAGCUCUACCUUGUCCGACCGUUGUCGCCCAAGGGUUACUCCGAGCUCAUCUUCAAGGACGCCGCGGCUACAAUCCGUCGCACCGGUCAGGAGUUCCAAUACCAGCUGGUUAUCCAGCGAGCCUAUGAGGAAGGUGAGGAGGAACUCGCCGAUGACGAGGACGAGGAGGGCGGUGCCGAUAGCUUAGACAAGGACGAGAAGAUUUUCUUGCUCGACCAAACCUUGCAUUUUCGCUCGGAGGUUCGUGACGGCUCGGUGAAGGUUCUGGCGUGGGAUGAUUUGAGCGGUGACGUGGGUGACCUCUUCGAGUUUAUUUGCGACGCUUCGGUCCCUUCAGACAAAGUCGCUACUUUUGAGCUGGCCGCACUCCAGUGCCAGUACGAGCGCAAAUUCCGCCGCAGCGCCCAGAAGGCCACGGAAGAGGAGCUACAGGAGUUUCAAUUCGGUGAGGAGCAGCCGAUCCCGUCUGCGAGCCCGGUUUCGUCCCCGACCACAAAGUCUCACGCGCAUCCUUUAACAUCUGCCGAUUCGGCGGCGGCAAUGGCACGCGAUGUGAAGUAUGCUCAGUCCAAGGGCCAGAUCAAGACACCCGCGGCCGAUGAGGAGCCAACGGCUGCUCCGGCCGCUGCAUCUCAGCCUGAAGUCAAGGAAAUUCUCAGCAAGGAGAAAGCUGAGCUACAUCUCUAUGAUUUCUCAACAGGAACUUUUGUGAUGCAGGAUCCCGAAAUCACGGCAACUGUGUCCGAGAUUGGUACCUGGCAGUACUGGAUGCAGAUCAGCGGCAAGGACAAGGAGUGGUUAGGUCAAGCAGUCGUCGCAGACAUCAACCCCGUCUUUAAUUUUGAAUACCUCUCGUUCAUCUUCAACCACUAUGGAGAAGAUGGCUCAGCCUAUUCGUGGCUGCUACGAUUCAGGGACCAGAACUCUGAGGAACGGUUCCAGGAGGGCCUGAUGCAGGCGCUCUGGGAGCAACUCAAUGAGAUGAAGUGGAACAAGGUCAAGGAGAAGGAUCAAGAAUACGUGUUGGAUGCCUUCCAGGACCUCACGAUGGAAGAUGCGGAUGACCAGCCAGAAGAUGAGGAAGAGGAGGCCGAGGAGGAAGACGAAACCGAUCAGGAUGACGGUCAGCGCAGCGAGCACUACGACUCCGAUGAAGAAGAGGAAGAUGUCAUCACCCGUGAUGCAGAUGGGAAUGUCAACUCUCAGCUGGCAGUGGGCUACAAGCACGACCGGUCCUUUGUCGUUCGAGGAUCGAAGAUCGGCGUCUUCAAGCAUACACCCAACAACAACCUCGAGUUCUCUACGAACAUCUCAAAGGUCCAAACUCCCAAAGGCAAACUCUUUAGCCCCAAGAAGGUCAUGCUGCAUGCGGAGGAUAGCAAUAUGGUUCUACAGAACGAGGACGAUCCGAAUUCGCUGUACCGGAUGGAUCUCGAAUACGGCAAGAUUGUGGACGAGUGGAAGGUCCAUGAUGAUAUUCCCGUGGAGACUUUCGCGCCAGAAAACAAAUUCUCCCAAAUGACAUCUGCUCAGCCUUUUGUGGGUGCAUCCAAGAAUGCCCUCUAUCGGGUCGACCCUCGUGUGUCUGGUAACAAGCUCGUCGAUGCCGACCUUAAGCAAUACGUCAGCAAGAACGACUUCUCGGCCCUGGCCACCACCGAGAAGGGCUACCUUGCCGUCGCGUCGAACAAGGGUGACAUCCGCAUGUUCGAUCGACUAGGCAUCAACGCAAAGACACACAUUCCUGCCCUGGGUGAGCCGAUUAUUGGCCUUGAUGUCUCCGCUGAUGGACGCUGGGUGCUGGCCACAUGCCGCACCUAUCUCCUCCUCAUUGACUCGCUGCAAAAGGACGGGAAAAAUGAAGGCAAGCUCGGAUUCGAGAAGUCAUUUGCCAAAGACGCAAAGCCCCAACCCCGUCGCCUGGGCUUGCAGCCCGCACACGUCGCACAGUUCCAGCAUGAGACUAAGCAGCCCCUCAGCUUUACCCCUGCCCGCUUCAACACCGGUGUCGAGAGCGAAGAAACCUCCAUCAUCACCGCCACGGGCCCCUUCAUCAUCACCUGGAGUAUGAAGAAGGUCUUGGCGGGCCGCAAGGAUCCCUACACUAUCAAACGCUACGAGGAGAACGUCAUGGCCGACAACUUCCGCUUCGGCUCAGACAAGAACGUCAUUGUUGCUCUUCCCAACGAGGUCAACAUGGUCGCCAAGCGCAGCUUCCAGAAACCCACGCGCGAGAGCAUCGCGGGACCUGUGACGCCCAGUCGGCGCAGCACCGGCGGUCGAUGGGGCAGCCGUCUCGGCAGGAAUGACAUUGUCAACUCCCCGUAUUAA